AUGACCGAGUCGUCGACAGACUACUAUCGGGUCCUUGAGCUCCCCUUCUCGAGCAACUCUGCCACCCCCCUCUCGAAUUUGCAGAUCAAACUCGCCUACCACAAAGCCCUCCUCAAACACCACCCAGACAAAGCCGGCGCUGUCGCAAAACAGUCCGGCCUCACGGGUCCGGCCUCUGCAUCAUCGAAUUUUUACUCCACAUCCAAGACUGAUCGGCGAUCAUAUACCAUCGAUGAGAUUACCACGGCCUACAAGACACUCUCCGAUCCGCAGUUGCGCGCAGAAUACGAUCGCUCGCUUCGGUUGAACCGCGCAAAGUUUGCGGAGGACACCACCGAGGUUUUUCAUACGGGCCUGGAGACAGUAGAUCUAGAUGACAUGGAUUAUGACGAGGAGGACGGCUCCUGGUAUCGUGGCUGUCGAUGUGGAGACGAGAGGGGCUUCUCGGUCACAGAAAACCAUCUGGAGUCAAGUAUGGAUCAUGGAGAGGUCGUCAUCGGAUGUGUGGGGUGCAGUCUCUACAUGAAGAUUCUCUUUGCUGCUGAAGAAGGCUGA